AUGCGAAAUCAGACUAUUUAUGAAGGGAUAUUAUCGGGGGUGAAGCCAGAGAAGGAUUUUGAUAUAGCUCUUAAGUAUGCAAGAGAACUCCCAACAGGGAAUAAGUUAUCUGGACCUAUCUAUGAGGAAAUGCUAGUACCUGGGAAAGAGGUGGCUUCGUUGACAGCUCAUGAUGUACCUGUAGCUGGCAUAGAUAAGGAUAAGGGACUCCAUUCAAGUGGAUUCAAGACUGACUCAGAGAUUCUACCUAGGAGCAGUUUAGCAGGCAAGGAGAGAGUCCUUCAGCGAUGGGAUAGUAAAACUGAUGAUGCAUUGGACAAGCCGUUAGAAACGAGUCUUGAUGACUCUAGGAUUGGCAAGGGUGGUGCUGCAGCAGCACAUUGGGAUCAAUUUGCUGUGAAUGAAAGGAAGUUCAAUGUUAAGAGUACAUUCAAUGAGGCAUUAUACACUACUACUUUGGAUACUUCUAAGAUAUCACCUGAAAAACAACGUAGAGCUGAGAGGAUUGCCAAGGAAAUAGAGCAACAUUCACAGAACUAUGGCGCUAAGGAGGAAGGCACAGGUGUUGAAGAUGAGGAGGCUUUAUUCUCAGCUGUUCAAGCUCCUCCUCCUCCUGUUCGUGCUACUGCAACAGCACGAGGGGCAGGUACAUCACAUGCCCCUACAAAUGAACAUCAGAAGCCUCAAUUAUCUCCAGAACAGAUAUCUGAACGAGCUCGGAUGAAGGCUGAUUUCGAGAGCCAUUUACGUAUGCUAGAUGCAGGUCAGCGACAUCCUAGACCACCUGCAGCUAGUGCUGGCAAUACGAGGCUUAAUGCCCUCAACCUUGAGCCAGCCUCAGUAAGGGUCAGUCAGCUUGCUGCAGGCCGUUCACCCAAACACCAACAGCAUCACGCAUCAUCGACAUCAUCACCUCAUCAUCCUCCUCAACCAUUAACUCAAGAGAAUCUUAAAACCCAUAAUCAAGCUCUACAAUCUACAGUGAAGCAGCAGCAUUCCCUUCUAGGGCCCUCUCCAGUCAUGACCAAUAGGAAGCCUAUCCCACAGCUACCAUCCGUUGCUGCUAAUGCUGCUGCUAAUGCUGCUGCUAAUGCUGGUGUAUCCCCUAUAGUUACCGAGAUGAAGGGUAUUAAUGCAUUAAAUCUAGAGCCAGCAUUACCUAAGUUACCCGAGAAAGAUCGUGAAGAAUGGAUCAGCAGUAAUGCUAGUCCACAGCUAGGGGCAGCUAAGGGCAGUCGAGGGUCCACACCCUGGCAACAACAACAAGGUGGUGGCGGUGUUUUGGAUAAUAAUAUCAAUGCUGCUGCUGGGACUCCACCUAUCACAGCAACAGCAGUUAAGGGUGGUAAGGGGAAGGGACAAGGAAAGGGGCAAGGCAAGGGUCCAGUAGUAAUAACUGGGCCUCAAGGCUCACCGCAGGUUGGUCCUGGUUAUCAAGGAGGACCUACCACUACUACUCAUCAACCUAGUCAGCUUAUGAUGAACGCUGUUCAUAAUGCACAGAAUGCUCGAAUGCAACAAGUAGAUGUUGGGAAGCCUCCUGUGGGUGGUAAAGGUGGUGGUGGUAUGAUGGGAGCUGGUAGUAGGAAGAAUAAUCUCACUUUAGAGGCGGCAACAGGUGGUGGUCCAAAGCGUAGUGCAUUCUCAUUUAAUCCCAAUGCUAACACCUUUACACCUGGAGUACCUACACCAGGAGCUACACUUAAUAUUAAUGUUACUCCUGGUGGUAGUCUAUCUGGUACUCUUAAGAAUGUUAAUUAUGACACCUAUGAGACUACCGCUCCUGCCCCUGCUGCUACGACUACUCACCAGCAGGGGAAUGCUGCUGCUGCUCCUCCUCCUCCCUCUUCACCACCUAGUGGUACUAAUACUAAGCAACAAGGAGGAUCUACACAAACCUCACAAGGCAGGCAACAACAACAACAAGAGCAGCAACAACAGCAGUAUCAAGGUGGUAGUGGUGCUAAUGGGCGUGGUGGUCCCCUCCCCUCUCCUCCUCCAUUUGUACCACCACAUGGUCCUAUGAUGGGAGGUCCUAUGCAUCCUGGUAUGAUGCCGACCCAAGGUGGUCCUAUCCAUCCUGGUAUGAUGAUAUCAAUGCCCCUUCCUCCACACUAUCCUGGCUUCAUGACUACUGCUGCUGGGUUACAACCGAUGCCUUUACCUAAUAUAACACCACCAUCAUUCAUGCCAUUAUGUGAUAGUGAGAGCCUUGAUACAUCGACUUUGGCAGAGAUUGAAGAUAGGUUGUUGGAGUCCAGUGAGAAUGAGAAUACAUCAGCAGUGUCUACUGAAUGGCCUGAUGGUUCCAACCAAUGCAACCAAUGCCAGGACAACAACAACAACAACAACAACAACAAGGAGGAGGAGGAAGUUCGUCAUCGAUGGGAUCUGGCAUGA